AUGUCGUAUUUGUGGGUCUCACUUUCUGGCGACGCCUACGCGGCUGCAGAUGCUUAUGCUCCAUAUUCUCUUGAUUUGUCGCCUACGGGUUUCCACUUUUUCAAGUUCCUCGAUCACUUCUUAUCGGAGCAAUGCUUUGCUACUCAAGGGGAGGUCGAAAAUGGCAUCAAGGAGUUUAUCGAUUCAAUGGGACCCGCCUUCUGCACUUUAGGAAUUGAAAACUUAGCCAAACUUUUCUCUCUUCUUCCAACGGCUCUCUUGGAAAAUUAUGAUAAACGAGUGAAUCCAUUUUACAUCACGAAUAAGACAGUGCUUGUGAAAUUUUCAGUACCAAGUAUCACUUUGGAACAAGUGGUCAAUCAAGAAAAUCAAGCCACUUUUCUCUAUGGAUUGAAUGUUGUAAGAUUUGGUGAACAAACGGGUGAUCCAGUAACAAUCGGUUUAACAUCAAUGUUGGCUCUUUCAAUCACGUUGAGUGUUGUCGCAGAUAAUGUACCAAAAGCAGCGACAGUUCCGUUGAUUGGAUGGUUUGUGGUCGUCUGCUUGACUUUAUGCAUUUUGUCAGUCUUUUUCGGGGUAAUCCUCGACAAAUAUCGAUCAACCAGUAAACAAAAGAAUAACGAAAUGAUUAAAAAAGUCUCGAUUUUCCUUCUUUGUCUUUUCCAAUUAUCCCUUUUAAUCAAUGUGAUUGUUUUCUUUUCAUUUUCAUGGAAUCACGAUCAAUACUCGUUGAUUGAUCUCUUUCUAGACAAAUAUGAUGUGACUGGA